AUGUUGAAGAAACCCUCAAAGUAUCAGACCACAAUUGUCCUAGAGAACAAAAGCUUGGCCGAAAUUAAAAGGCUUGAAGAAGAUGCAAAACAAGAGAGGAACUGGAAGAGAUGGGGGCCUUAUUUAUCAGAGAGGCAGUGGGCAACUGUAAGAGAAGACUAUUCUUUUAAUGGAGAUUGGUAAGGACACUGUUUAAUAUCAUAUCUAGUUUGAUGAUCCUACCUGAUUCGUGAGCGACUUCGUGUUGCACCUGUGUUAGUUCUUAUGGAUGAACACGGAACUGCGCAAGAUCGCUACCACGUAACUGUUCAUUUCUCAUCUUAAAGAUCUUAAGAUCGUAUUUUUGCACCCUAAAAUACUCCAAACUACUCGAGCCGUAGUUCGUAGUCCGUAGUCACCCACUUUACCGAAGAGCAAGCGUUCCAGUACCCAUUGAUUGAACCGACCUUGACACACGUUAUCCCUAAAAGAAAAAACGUUCAUUCGUGUAAAGUAUAAUCUGCUUAACAGCUAAUGCUCAGGAAUAUAUCCUUUUUAGCUGGGAGCAUUGCAUUGUAGUAGGUGUCCACAGUUAGUUUUCACUGGGUGUAAGCUGGGCGUUUGACACUAUUUAAAGGGACAGGUUCACGGUUCAGCGCAUGCUCAUUUAUCAAAAUUCUGUUUUUCUGCUGGGCCUGCUGUAUCGUCUAUGCAAGCAAUAUGAUCAUGUCAUAAUGUAACGUGCGAUCAGGCUCAAUUUUCGUUUCCCUUUGUAAUAACAUUCCGGCGGGCAGGGGGAAACGAAAACAGACUCCCCUGGCAGUCACUUGCACUUGAUCAACUUAAAUAUUUGCAAAUAGCUUUAAAUUAAUCAACCGUCGAAUAAAACCCUCUGGUCAACAAUAAAUUCAACGUUGGUAGUGUUGGCAUAAUCUACUAAUUUGUUCUGCGAGUUUAGUACUCCUACAUCCUACUCCAUGUUACUCAGAAAUACAAUUCUACUUUGAAAUUCACUCUGAGAUCGCCGAGAUACGUGUGAGUGGGAUUAUUAACCGAUAGAAUUGAUAAUAAAUUGGAAAAAAGUAAUUUAGGUAAUGAGCAUACGCUUAACCGUGAACCUGUCCCUUUAAGUAUUUCGCUGAAUAUUAGACUACUUUACAGCCUGUAAAGGUCGGAAUAUGAUUGGGUAUCGCCGUAAAAAUGGUGAAAGCAACAAAACGGCGGGUGGAAAGGCGAAAGAUCCGUGCAAAAGGUAAAAGUAAAGUGUCCUCCCCUAAGUCACGAUCAGUAGCUCGAAAUAUUCAAUAUUUGACGAGCAAAGCCAGGCCAACGGUGUCUUUCUUACCCUCGUUUAAAGGGACUUAAAGCUACACGAAAAAGAAAGAAAUCGAAAAAAGGCUUUGAGGUCUCUCACAGGAUGCCCUUCACCUGAACCAUUUGCGCCAAUCCUUGCUCCUUGUCUGCCUCUUCAAUCACCGAGCGUUUGCCUGCGCAGUUGGCGGAAUUGUCUUUUGCGACAGAGAGUUUUGGCUUCGAAAGCGCGAGAAAAAAUUUCGCCCAGGAACUGCGAAGCCGCGCGGAGAAUAGGGAGGAGACGCUUAGCGGCUAGCACGCGAAUAGCACACGAAGAUUUCGCGCAAAGGAGCUUGCUAUUUUAGGAAGAAUUUCUCUACCGCCACGCAGGUUACACGUGAAUUCGAAGUUGUUAGCCUGUAGUCCGUUUACGGUCUGUAUAUAUGUACGUGAAGGAAUGCAACUUGUUUCGAGAGACUUAAGAUAAUAACCACUUAACAUUUAUGAGUUAUUUUGUAACUUACAAAAGAGUAGAACGUUCACAAGGAUUAAUUUUUUUCUCGAUUUAUAAAGCGCCGUGUCACUGUGACGGCUUCGCCCUGUCUCAAAAAGAGGAAAAAAACCUCUCGCAAACGGGGUCAGAUUCCUGAUAUAAUAACAUUGAAGGAAACAAUAACUUCACUAAAGCAAAAAGGAAAGGAAAACGGUUCAUUUAAUCUUUGAUGUUUUGAAAACGGACUUCCGGAGCCAGGGUAUUUAUCUAUCGGCCUGGCAUUAAUUGAGUCGCAAAAAUGUUAGAUUGUUUUAUUGUCUGAAAUUAUCGAUGAAUUUUAAGAUUGGGUUUGGUAAGUAUACUACUAGCAUGAACCUAGACCGCCACUUUUUACGGAUUUCCGACAUUUGCCUUGGGUUGGCGUGUUUUCCCUUUCAAUAGAGAGGUUAGGCUUCACGUCUACGACAAACGGCAAAAGCCAAUCUGUACCACGUGACCAAGUUUCUCACUUACUUGUUGUUUACUUUUCAUUUUUUCGACACAUAAAUUAGUAGUUUCACGCAAUUUAUUAUCCACGAGAAUUGUUUUGAGCUAUUUUAAUCUGCUCAUUUAAUUUUCUAUUUUAAAAAGUGCUCAACUUGAAUCUGACGUUUGCCGUUAGCCGUAUACGAGAAGCUUAAACUCGGCUGUCUAAUAACAUUUCUUCACCACGACAAAUUACUGUGAAACUCGGAAAAUAAUAACGUCCUUACGUUGCAAAAAAAAGCCCAUUAGUAACAAGAGAAGUUAUUUGUGGUUUUAUAGUCUACUAAUUGUAAUCACGUGACCGUCAAAAUCCUUACACCUGCUGAAUGAACCCUCACUGCGUCUUGGUUUGUAUUUAAUAUUAUGUUUCUUUGGCCGUAUUAUUUGUGUCACCGCAUGAAGAACAAGACCGUCGAAAUACCAAGUUCCCUAAUGUGAUGGGUUUUUGGGGUACAUCAUGAGUUACACAGCAAAAAAAUCAACUCGUAGGCAACUUGGGAUGGGACAAACAGAGAUUCGGGCAAACAUUGAUACAUGGCCUUACAACUUUUGCUCACAAAUUAAGUAUACCACCUUGAACUGUCAUCUUCUCAGUUCAUCAAAAAAGUCCGUUUUCUGCGGAAAAAGUCACUUUACGAUGCUAUAAAUGUGUUACAACAAGUCUAUACGCAUCGUUAAUUUUAUUAAAACUUCCUUUAAAGUAAACAGCAAUGAUAAUAUUAACCAAGCGACAUAAUGGGAUGUGUAUUAACAGAAUAUUUAAAACCUUAUUACGCACAAGAGUCUAUAUGUGCAAUGAAAUGAAGAAAUAAAAUAGGGUAUAUAGGUAUUAAUAACAUUUUAUGCAAGCAAGCAAAAAUAUAACUGUUGAUUACGUACACAUUACUGGUAUAGAAAGCGGGUGAAGCAAUUUCUUUCAUUUUCGGCGAAAAAUAAAUGAAAACUUCUAGUUAUAAAAGUACAGUUUGAGGCCAAACAAACGGUUUGCUUCCGACGAGUAAGAGGAUUGUUUAUGAUUCGUUUCAUCUUAAAAUAGCAGCCAAAAACAACAAGAUUUCUCAAAAACGAACACAAAAUACUAAUAAACAUGACAUUUUAUAUUGACGGUCCUCCUUUUGAAAAGCCAAAAAUUUGACAAAAUUUGUCUUUCAGGAAAAGUUAAACCGAACAAAAACACCGUUGACUGGUCAGAACUUAUUCUAAAACGAAAUACGAAGUUUUCUAACCAAAAAAGCACCACCAAACCGCGGUGCAUGUUACCAUUUCAGAAAGGAAUGGGCGAAAUGAGUGACAAGCAAAAAAAUUACUUCUUACCAGUUUGCAAUUCUGUAAAAAUUAUCAAUGUCCAUUACGUCGCGUUGCAGUUAGAUUUAGCGACACUUUACCCGAGCAAUUUUCCGGUUAACUGUGAAAUUUCUUUCAUUUGGAUAGCCAUAUUGCGAAGGCGAGUAGACGUUUUAAAAACUGUUUACUUCAGUUGCAUAGUGCAUUUGCAUAAAUAUUUCUUCUCAACAUUUGUUAUUUUUGCCGCUUUUGUUUAACUUUUUUCAAUCAAAACGUUGUAAAGAGUUCAACGUAUUAUUCGGUUAGCAAUCUUAUUGAGAGGAAAUACUCCGGGGACGUCUUUGAAGCUGUUCAAACUACUUACAGCACGAGGUUUAUCACUGUAACCAGAAUUUCAGACAUAUCUUCGAGUCGUUUACUCCCUCUGAGAGGAGUAAGCUAGAUCCCUUCAUCCAUGACUACCCUCUGCACAGCGCGCUAUUAAGCGCCGAAUAUAGAACGCGACAACAGACCGGCCUCCUCCUCAGGCGCUUCGUUUUUCGCAAGACCCUCGCAAGGUAUAUGACUGGUGAUGAACUGCAAGGGACCAUGGGAAGGGUACAGAAGGCCCAUUGUCUCCUUCCCGCUUUCCUUUGCGCGCACAUUUUCAUCGAGAGAGAGAGACGUCUGGGUAUGAGGCAGACAACAGACGUGGAGCGUAACUCGUGCUGGAUGCCCAAUGGACAAUAAGGACCAGCUCGACUGACCUCACUGGUUAGAGAGUAAGGAAGGAGAACUUUUACAUGGGGGAAGACAUGAAGACAUAGUCAAUCAGAUGCCGGUGUGUUUGAGAUGAAAAUUCACUGGGUUGGCGCUUGUUCCACUUUGAAGUGAAGAGGUCACCUUUGUUGUCUUUCUUUACUCUAGCUCUAGCACUAACAGCGCGAAAAGAACAGGAAUCCUAUUGCGUUGGCUGAAUUAACUGAAAUUCAAGGGCGCUCACAUAUUUUGCUUGCUCUCCUAACCCUUAAGAGAAAGAGGAACUUCUCAUGAUCUGCUACAUUACUGAAUCAAAGUUACUAAUCACUGUAACCAGAGAACCAGAGAACGACUGGAGAACUGACAAUUUGACUAACAAUAGAUGACUGUCUAACUGUGACAAUAGACGGAUCGAAACGCACCAAUUACUGAUUACGAGUCUUCACAGCCAAUAACAUCACGGCUUAACUGACAGACGACCAAUAACAUCGGAACGCAAUUGACCAAUCAGACCAAUAACCAGAGUAUAAUACCAUCAACUGACGUGGUACAACUCACUUUGAUUCUGAGGAUGACUACCGCACAGGUUGUCGACAACAACAGUCCUAUUCAGGACUACAUUCACCCGGACGAUAAAACUCAACCUACUUUUGAAAUGACUCCUGGGUUCAAACCUUUCACAGUUUUAAAUAAAUGUUGUUACUCAUCAACCGUAGCGUCAAUUAUACACCCCUAACCCCCAAUACCUAAAAUUCACUUGCCAGAGAAGCGAGUAGCUUGAAGGAUAGAAGCCAUAAGCCCAACGGCAAAAUGGAAUCUCUAUAUCCUGCAACUGGAAUAAACAAAACAAACAAGAAAACCAAAACUCGUCUUUGGGUGCUGUUUUUAAACAUUGUUAACCAUUCAAGUUCUCUUUUCACAGCUGGGAGUAUUUCCCGCAUGACCACGCCCGGUCACGUGCUUAUCGGUGGGGAGAGGAUGGUUUACUAGGAAUCACGGACCAUGAGUGUCGGCUGUGUUUUGGUUUGGCUUUGUGGAAUGAAAAAGAUCCCAUUCUGAAAGAAAGACUGUUUGGUUUGACUGGACCUGAAGGUUAGAAUAUCUAGCUAUCCAAUUUAAUAAUAUUUUUUGACCUCGGCAUUGAGUUCAUUUUUGAAUCUUUUGUUUAGACAAUUUCUUUAACCCUUUAAGCCCCAAUAUCCACAUACAAAUUCUCCAAACUGAUCUCAAUACAUUUCCUUAAAGAAUUAGUUGAGAGAAUUUGAUCAAAGUAUUUUCUCUUAGGUGAUCAUUUUAUUAAUUCUCAUAACCUACUCUCUUGACAUUGAAUGGAUAUCGUUAGGAGAAAAUUGAUGUUAGACACUAUUGGGACUUAAAGGGUUAAUUCCGAGAGACUCGGGGGCCACAGAUAUGACCAAAAGGUAGCCACUUAAAAAGUGAACUACAUUUAAACUCGAUUGGAACCGAAAAAAAAAAUCAGCAUUCACUCAUCAAAGAGGACAUAUUCUUACCUUCCACUCUUCACUUCACUGUAGUCCUUGUAAUAUGGAGAAAUUGAAAAUGGCUCAAGGCAGAAAAAUGGGAAGCAAACUCCCCCCAAACAUUAAGUUUUCUUUAAUAGAAGCUGGACAAGAACAAGGGGCAAAGCCAAAAAUCUCCUUGUUAAUUUCUAAGUUUAAGAGAGAGGAGGUGUAAGUUUGGCCUCUUCAGUGGUGCGGGUUCAGGUCACUUUGCUGCUACCUACCUUGUUAUAUAUUUCUCUUAGUAAAGAAGGAAGUUUAACUUUGUAAAGUAGAACGAAAGAUACAGAAAACAACAUUCAAGGCUCCAAAUUUCUAAAAGUAUGUGUAAGGCGUAAAAAGAAGUACUUAGAGUUGCCGUUUCCGUCUGUAUUUUGCUUUCUGUCCAUUUUUCUUGAAAAUAUGAGCAGAGCCAUGUGGCUAGGUCAAACUGCAACCAUAGCUUAGAUUUUAGAGACUUCAGUUUUUCACUGAUCAUCUUACUUAAGUUUAUAAUUAAAUUGUUAUUUUUAAAGGAAACCAUGGUGAAGAUGUGAAGGAAUGCUAUUACUAUCUUGAUUCAACACCAACUCACUCUUACAUGAAAGCCCUGUACAAGUACCCUCAGAAUGAAUAUCCUUAUAGCUGGCUUGUUGAUGAAAAUCGAAGAAGAUCACCUCAAGAUCCUGAAUUUGAGUUGUGUGAUACUGGUAGGGGAAUACUUUUGCACUAUUCGAUUAGGUCAGAAUUUUUUUUAACGAAACCGGCCUUCCUUCAUUCCCCCAAAAUUCCAGUGUUCAAGAUCAAACCUUUCGUUGAUGCUUUGAAACAUUUAGCUUUAGAGAUUCUUUCCGCUUGGAAUUUCCAAUAGACUAAAGGACGUCCAUUGGUAUUUUCCUUGAAUCCCACCUUCAGUGUGGCUUAGUUCUUUCUUCACAGGAAAGGAAAGUCAACCUUUUAGAAAGAUUAUCACCUCCUCUAUCUUUCUUUUACAACUUGAUGUAGCACAAGUAAACGCCACGUCCGGCGCUUCAAUGUAUAACUACACUCUUUCCUGUUUAAUAUUUGCCACACCUGAAUUCUAUACAGAAAAAUAAGCCUAUUACUAGGGUAUCUAAAAGAUAGUAAUGCUGCGGCACACUGGCAUUAGUUAGGCAGUGAGACUUAAAAGAAUCAAAAAUGACAUUGAAUGUCCUAUUUACAUGUUGGAAAGUACUAGAAUAAUUACUAUCAGUCUAUAGAAAGAACUCGUGGGAACGUUGUUUAGAAAAUGAUCAAGUGGUUCUCAACUCUGGUUUUCCCACAGUAAAUUGUAGGAAAUAAUAGAAAUUCAGAUUGUUUAUCCAUAUAUUUAAUAUACGGUGCACGAUAUUUUCCCUGGAAACACAAUACUUUUCUUGCUGUUUGUUGCACUUUAUUAAGUAACAGUUAUUUAGCUAUAUAUUUAUAGAAAACAACAACACAAAAAACGGAAAAAAAGAAAGUAGGCAUAAAUAAUUCGGUAGGACUCGAACCCUGCACCUUCGACUCGACGCCACUACACCUAACCACUAAACCACAGAGGCUGAUUGUGUAAGCUGUUGGAAAAGUCUUUCACUUUAUUCCUUUUCCAUGAAACUUCCGCCGGCAAGAUGAUCGCCGGCCGCAUUAACCCAGCUAUUAACAGUGAAAAAACAAUGUAAACGCAUCUUCCAUGGCAAUGAAUGAAUGAAAGAACAUAAUUAUGCUAUUCAAAACGCCGAUAUACGUCCUCGUCUGCAAAGUAGGACACAAAACAUAUGUUUUGUUAUCUCGAUUUCCGCUGUUAUUUUGAAGCGAAUGGUCAAAAUCACAUCCAUUUUCGGCUCAUACAGUUUCUUAAGAAUAGCAUUGCAUGACAUUUUCUCACUUUCACAUCACCUUCUAGCAAGCUAGAAUUGUAUAUCCCCCGUUUUGCGGAGUCGAAGAGCAAAUGCUCAUCUUCUCGUCAGGUUUAACACCUGGACGAGUCACAGGCUCUUGAAUUGAAAUCCAAUCCCCAAGUUAACCAUCGUACUCAUCUGAAAGACUCCUGCGCGUCUUAAAAUUUGGUAAGACCUCUAACCGUGCUGUAGAAAAUUUGCCACAAAGAAAACUCUAAGUCUGAGCAGCGAACGAUGCACUCUCCCACCCACCGAACUUCCCCGUGUUUUUAUUUGAGUUGUUCAUGGCGCAAUGCACUCUGGUUAAAUGCAAUGCAUUGUGGUAAAAAGUGUAGUUAAAUGCAAUGCAUUGUGGUAAAAAGUGAUGAAUUCGAGAAUUCGUCGCCCCUUAUAUAUUUCCUUUAAAUCCUGAUUAUGUUGCUGCUCGCUCCCUUCGGUCGCUCCGCAGCAACAAUCGUAGAAAGUUAUAAGCCCUCAAUAAUAUAGUAACACUCAAUUAGGGAAUGAGUCAUACCUCCAAAAUGUCAAGUUGUGAAACCAGGGCAAACCCAGAAACUCCGUAACCGACCUGCGUUGUUCCUUCCAUAGUGAUGAAAGUUUACGUGUCAUUUAAUUGACACAUAUAAAUAAAUUUAACUAUCUUGUAGGUGUGUUUAAUAAGAGUCGUUACUGGGAUAUCUGUGCAGAGUAUGCAAAGAAUACGCCAGAUGACAUUCUCAUCCGUAUCACAGUAACAAACCGUGGUCCUGACACUGCACGGCUUCAUGUCUUGCCAACAUUGUGGUUUCGAAACACCUGGAUCUGGGGCUGUAAUCAUGAAGGGUGUACAAAGAAGGCAAGCAUCAUCCAGAAAACUCACGAUACUGUGGAGUGUCGGCAUGAAACUUUAGGAAAGUUUUCAUUUGCUGUUGAUGUUGGACCCGAAAAUGAGACUCCAGAACUGCUGUUUACUGAGAAUGAAACAAACAACGAGGUAGAAAUUUGUUUGUAAUUUUUUCCACUCGAUGCGACUGAAAUACCUAAAUGUUGAUAGGGUUUGUAAGAAAAGAAAAAAAGGUUUGUAAGAUACAAGCAAAUGUGCUCUAUCCUUUCUUGAAUGAAGCUUAACUGAGAUAUUGUUUGAUUCUGUUUUCUUUUUCUGUUGAAAUUCGCAAUCAAACUCAGUGUAGAUAAAAACUUUGUAAUAAAAGAUAAAUUGAUAGAUUCCUGUUGAUUUAGAGCUCUUUUUUGCUGUUUUUUUAAUGCAAUCGUUAUUUGAGUUUAAAUUCACUGUAUUGCUCAUUCGUUUCAUUGAUAUUUUAUCAAUAUUCCAGGAUAUUCUAUUCUAGUUUCUGCGAGCCCCCAUGCGAACAGCACACUAAUCGUUGGGUAUCCUUGGGCACCUUGUGUGUCCUGUUUCGAUUGCAACAACAAGGUGGAAUUCAUUUACGAUGACGUUUGAAACAAAGUAUUUUUUUAAGUGACGUUUCACCGCCGUCGCCCUCACCGUUGUGGUUGUGUUAGCUCCCUAAUAACACCAAUUCCACGGCGGGUACUUAAAAGAUCGACUGAUGUUCUGAGCAUAAAAAAUGAGCGGAGGGAAGAACGACAAAUCCAGUAGGCCAUAAAGAGCUCAUGUAGCCGACGGUUUGCACGCAGAUCACAGCGCGCACAGAGUUUUUCAAGCUAGCACACGCUAUAAAUUUAGUUUAUCCAAAAUAUGUCACAACGAUCGUUUGACCGCGAGGGCGUAAAUGUACACAGCGCACAGAAAAUCUCCCAGGUGUCUCCUUAUCAUUUGCACAUUUAUUAUACAAAACUUAAACAAUUCGUUGCUGGAAGCAUUAUCAAUGUCACAACGAAUCAUUUAGUGACAGAGUCCAUUAAUCUAGCUAGCGCAGGAUUCGUUAAGGCGGCACGCGCAGAGUUCGUUUAUCAAGCACGCAAUCAAAUGAUGAAAAAGAUUGGGGACUGUUAGUGUAAUUCAGAUUGAUACGUGUUUUGUUGUUCAUCUUUAUAGCACCUGUAUGGCGUAGACAACUUUGCAACAUUCACAAAAGAUGCCUUUCAUCGUUAUAUCAUUCAUGGUGAAAAAGAUGCAGUCAAUCCCAAGAAAAAAGGCACCAAAGUGGCUCCUCAUUAUUUACUGGUUGUUCCCCCUGGGGAAGAACGAGUCUUGCAGUGUCGACUCAUGGCUGAGGGAUAUGUUGUUACUGAACCAUUUGCUGAACAAAAUUUCGGAGCUGUAAUUCAGAAGCGACUUGAAGAAGCAAACAAGUUUUACCAAGUUGCCAUACCAUGUAAGCCUUAAAACUGUGCCUUGAUAGAGACUUUUUACUAAAAUCGAUUAAUUAAAUUCUAUAUUCUCGCAAUAAGGAAAAAAUUAAUAUUAUCAAUAUCUAUUACAGAUCGUUCUGGACGAGGACAAUACCUUACGCGCAAAAAAUACAAAUAUAGAGCUUGAAAAAACUGGUUCAACUGCGGUAUUGCUUUUAAUUUAAUUUCGUUUUCUUUGGCGCCAUAAAACAUCACAGUAAUAUAUAGAUUUAGUCAGGGCUAAAAGCGAAGCUCUCGUUUCUAUACUUGUAGUUUACUCAAACAAAAAUAAAAUCGUGCAAUGCUAAGCGGCAAAGGCAAAGAGAAAGGAAAAAGAAACAACAAAAAAGUCAGUAGGUCUAAUAAGCAAAAAAAAACUUAGCAUGUGCAGCACACUUUACUUGUACAUUUAUUUGUCGUUUUCUUGCACUACUACAAAUUGAAACUCUUUAAUUACAAGUUUUAUGUCUUUUGCUCUCACAAAAUUGUUGUUUCUUGUGCCCUGUUCCAUUCGCUUUCUUUUUCACUGCCGCUCAUUUUCACCUUACUCGCCGCUAACAUUUCUCAUUUUCUCACCACCAAAAAACGUGCAACUUUUUUUGCAACAUUGCUGCAAAACGAGUUGAAUAGCGAUGUUGCGCGUUUUUCCACCCACAUCAAACCUGUCUUGAAACAAAUAAGGUUACAAGGUUUGUUUUCGUGUGUGGUAAAACGCGCAACAUCGCUUUACCGUACCUUAAAAUUUUCAGCUUGUGUUUCUAACGAAAUUCAUCUCCUUUGUUUUUCAAAUCUAGCUCUAGCUCUUUCUCUGUUAUCCACGUCAACGGAGACAUUAUUUAAAUAUAGUUGAGUAAAAGACUCGGCCUUGUUGUUGUUGUUUUUUCCUCUCUCUAAACGUCCGGGUGGCCAAGAUGACCAUAACAUGGACGUCUAUCUUCAAGUUUAUCACAGGUUUCAGGCUCCGGACAAAGUAAAAAGGCAUUUCACAUUGUUUACCCUGUGGUGGGCAGACGGGCGGACGGUCACGUGACUACCAAAAUUCUCAGAUGCAUGAAUAACCAAAGUUUCUUACCUAUCCUUCUGCGCACGCUUCGCACGCGAGAGAGCUCCACUAAAAAGCACCUUAAAAAUGGAUCAAAGGGUAAAGGGGCGGAAGGGUGGGAGCUACCUUCCCUUGGGCAGGCUCAGUUGUUACUCUUGUCAUUCUUUUAGCUAAGUUGACUCCAGAGGAAAGCAAGGUGUCUCGUCAGUCCUAUGCCGGCCUACUGUGGAGCAAGCAGUUCUACCAAUACAUAAUUGAAGACUGGCUGACUGGUGACCCGGAGAUGAUUUGUCCACCCACUGACAGGUUCAAUGGUAGGAACUCUGAAGCAGAGUGGAGACAGUUGUUUAACAGAGAUGUUAUAUCCAUGCCAGACAAGUGGGAGAAUCCCUGGGUAGGUUUUACACACUGUUAGGUCUUUCAAUACAUCACCCUUGUCUUGGAAUAUUUAAAGUUAGCUCUGCCCUUUUGCAACCAUUUUCGCAAAUAAAGACUUAACAAACUGAAAAGCAGUCCUGCUUGUUCCCCCAAGUCUGCCAUGCCCUUUUACAAGAAACAUUUUCCUGCUAAACCGUGAGGGCACCAUCUGUCCAAUGUGAUAAACCAGGUUUUUUGGUAUGUCCUCUAUCUUGGGUAAAAAGCGAAUAAGUAUCUAUAAUAAUAAUUCUUGCUUGCUCUUAAUGUUAAUGGCAUCACGUUCCAUAAAACAGUUGCAGCAUAAACAAAGGCACGUUUCCCAAGUGUAGAGGAGUUGACUUUUGGAAAGAACAGAGGAGGUUGUCCCGCGAGCGAAGAGUAUAAUUUAAAACUGGUUUACAACGAUCAGUCCGAUUCUUCAUUUGGACGGAACAGAACGAUAGACCAGAUAGAUCGUUAGUUGUCACUUGGCCGCCGCUAUCGCUGAGUAUCGUGUAUUAAAACUGGCCUUUUCAACAUUACAUUAGUGGCUGACCAUUCCACUUUUGAAACGGAUAGGGGAAGAGCUUAGGUGAUAUAGUUUGAGCAACAAAUUGUUUUCCAAGCCUACUACUUUGAUGGAAUUUGAUUCAUACAGACUGUACCUUUUGGCUCUUAACAAAAGACUAGGGAUACUUUUUUGCAAUGGUUGAAAGUGUAUUGUUUUAAGUACUGAUUAUAAGUAUAUUAACGGGAGCUUCGCUUUUAGGCUUGGAUAAACUCUAUAUUGACUGUAACAAACUUUAUCAUAUUGAUGGCGUUUGCUGUCUGAUGAAAUGUAGCCAGCCAUUAUGGUUUGAUGGCAAAUGGCUGGGCUUUUUGCAUCAAGCGUAUGUCAAUUGCUGUAUGUAAUUAAUGUGGAAAGCUGUCGAGAAAAAGGUGCUAGAAAAAGAAGGACAUAAACGACAUCCUCUAAUAAGCCCGACUGCGUUGCUUUGACUGAUUAGCUACUGAUUGGUAGAAAAUCACGUCCCAAAAUAUACUUCGAGAAGAUGCGAGUUGAAAUACCGUAAAAAUUCCUAAAAUAAGCCCCGGGGCUUAUAUUUUUCAAAGGCCCUUUUUGAGGGGCUUAUCUACGGAGAGAAAUUUGCGUUUCAAAAUCGAUUGGGCUAGCCAAAGGGCUAGCCUUAUAGCUAGAAGUAAAUUUACCAUUUUUGCUUUGUUUUACUUUGUAUGUGAGGGGAAUUUUCCAAGUACAAGCCCCGGAGGGGGGCUUAUAUUUGGAUGGGCAAUUUAACGAAGGGUUUUUUUUCGUUACUGGUUUGGGGGGCUUAUAUUUGGAGGGGCUUAUUUUCGGAAUUUUACGGUAUAACUUUGCUCUUGAAUUGCAAUAUGAUCGAUAACCUCUCUCCAACUGUUUCAGUACGCCACAUGGGACCUAGCCUUCCAUAUGAUUCCCAUGAGCGUUAUAGACCCUCAGUUUGCAAAGGAGCAGUUAAUGCUGUUUCUUCAAGAAACGUACAUGGCGCCUAAUGGCCAGAUGCCAGCUUGUGAGUUUGCCCUGGGUGAUGUGAACCCGCCUCUUCACGCGUUAGCAUGCCUUUUGGUCUAUGAAAUGACAGGACGCCAUGGAGCAAGGGACGACAACUUCCUGAAAACUUGUUUUCAGAAACUACUCAUCAAUUUCACCUGGUAAGGCAGUAGGGUCAACAGCCCUUUUUUUUCUAAAGUUAUUCGGACAAGGUAAGACAAAUUAGUUUCUCGAGACUCUUGUUUCUUGAUUUUAUAAAAAGUCAAAUUACUUCUUUUACGUUUUGUUGUUUCGUUAUUCUAAACAUGAUACUGAUUAGUAAUGAACAUAAAAGAGAAAUAAAAAGUUGAACAAUAGAGCGAAUCCACUUGGUCAUUCUGUUAAGAUAACAAGGCAACACAGAAAACAAACGCUUUUACGUCUGAAUUCGAGUCGCUCUUCAAUUCAUAGGUGGGUGAAUGCAGGUGUUAAAAAUAUAUAUUUGUUGUACUUAAGUCUAUUUUUCAAUUCUUAGGUGGGUGAACCGUAAAGAUCCUUCUGGUAAGAACGUUUUUAGCGGGGGAUUUCUUGGUCUUGAUAACAUUGGUAAGUAAUUGAAAAAUUGUAAUUUUCUGUAAAUUUUUUUUGUAAAUUUGUUUAAAAACUUGUAAAACGAGUGGUAGAGAACAUAGACAGUGGUACAGAGUGUCUGGUGUACUUUCCUGAAUAUUCGAUCAGAAAAUUUGCAGAAUUAUCCCAGAGGUGUUGUUAUAGAAACGAGGUAUAGAGCAGACACUCUGUAAAUACAUUCCCCUUUUCUCUGCUGGUAAACACUGAACAUUAAAUAGCCUUCCUACUGAACCUACUUUUGGAAUUUUAGAGAAGCACUGGCUUAAUUUGAGUUCACUUGGAAUUUUAGAGAAGCACUGGCUUAACUUGAAGCUCUGUCCUUUGUUCUAAGUGACAGAUGGAACCAUUUUCACUCCAAUUUGUGUUAAGCUUACGACAAGACAACCAAUGUUAAUGAUUCUCUCUGUUUUCAUUAUCUACUUAUGUGGCCAUGAGAAUGUCUCGAAAGAACAGGCGAUACACGUCUUUAGGCGGUGUAGAUCUCAGAAGACCCUUCUUCGUCUAACUGGAUUGAAUAAAGGCUGAAAACUAUCCCUUUUUUGGCAGGAAUCUUUGAUCGGUCCCAGAAUUCGCCAUUCAACGAAGUGCUCCUACAGGUGCGUUUGUUCUGUUUUGCUUUAAGAAAUAAAUCAUACUUUAAGACUAAUCAUUCGAUCUUUCUCUAUAUCUUUGCAGGCUGAUGGUACAGCGUGGAUGGCUUUUUAUUGCAUCCUAAUGUUAAAGAUCGCUCUGAUCCUGGCAGAGAAAGACGUUACCUAUCAAGAAUUAGCUUCGAAAUUCUUCGAGCAUUUCACUCAAAUCUCGGAUGCAAUUAACGAAAUGUCCUCCGGUCUGGGCUUAUGGGAUGAGCAAGAUGGCUUUUAUUACGACCAUCUGAGUGCAGGCACUAGCUCCGAGGCACUGCGUGUACGCAGUAUGGUUGGCCUCGUUCCCCUUAUGGCUUGUCUUGUUCUUGAUAAUGAGUACAUAAAAACCCUACCCGUAUUCAAAAAGCGGGUUGAAUGGUUUAUGAAAAAUCGGAAAGACUUAGCUUCUCAGGUUAGUGACCCGGAGUUUAUGAAAAAAAAAUCUCUUACAUGACAUUUACAACAUUUAAUUAAAUUAUAUUAUACGAGUACGACUUUCAAAGCGGUUCGACAACAACUAAAAACAAACAGCUUGCGUCUGACUUCAAAGUUAUCUGCUGAAAGUACGGAUAAAUUUUCAAACGGUUAAGUACAUAUACAAUUUUACAAACCAAAAUGUGCGAGAUAGAUUUACAAGGAACCUGUCCAAGGACUAAAUUUUGAGAUUGAACAGCGCUAUGUUGAAGGAUUUGCCAAUAACUGAUUGUAACCCAAGCGGUCGAGCAGAGACAAUCCUAAACAUUUUGAGGUCCCGAGUCCAUUUUUACCUUUUCCGAUUCACGAAGCCGCGAUAGUGCAUAACUAUUAUUCAAGGAUAAUAGUUUAGGAUGCAUUUCAGAAAACCCAAUUUUCCCAUUUUCCCGGGGAGUAUGCCCCCAGCCCCAGUGCGCUCGUACCCAACGAUUCAGAUUAGACCCCCUCCCCCAAGCUUUCAACCGACCUCGCUGCGUGAUCCAUGUACAUACAACAAUGGCAAACGCUGGGGAUGGCUACAUGACUCUUUUUAAGCAAAUCACAUUUACUUUUUUUGCAGACGAUUGCCGAUUAAUUUUCCCGACUUUUUGUCAUAGGUAUCAUUUAUGAAUACAGGUGGAGAGAGCGACUUCAAUUAUUUACUCGCCAUUCCGACCAAGGACCAGCUAAUCCGUGUGCUAAGUCGUAUGUUAGACGAGGAAGAAUUUCUGUCACCUUAUGGCAUUCGUUCAUUGUCCAAGUUUCACGAGAAGCAUCCAUAUACGAAGGAGGUAAACGGUCAAGUUUACAGCGUACACUAUGUCCCAGGGGAGUCUGACACUCCCAUUUUUGGGGGAAACAGCAACUGGCGUGGACCUAUCUGGGUUUGCAGUAAGUACAGUAUUUAAUGAAACAAAGUUUGAAGAAUCUCAGACUCUUGAUGGGAAUGUUUUUCACUGUCAAAUGACUGUAGACUCGAUCAGGAAUACUAGGUAACAGGCAAGAUCCUUUCGGCACCCAUUCCCACGACCAAUAUUAAGAUUAAUUUUGAAAGAAAGGGAAAUCAAGACUCGAAACCCUCAGAAAAAAUGUCCGACCUCCAGAUGAGAUUGGAACUCACGACAUUUCCAAGUUCUAGUUCGGAUGCUCUGUCAAUGAGCUACUAGAGGCUCUAUACAAAACAGAUGUUUUUUUAUUUCCCACAACAGUUAGAUCGGGAAAGUGUUGUGGGACGAGGCUCUGGUUUUUCCGUCCUUUUCCGAGAACUUCAGAGCAGAAGAAGUUUGUAGAUCUACGCUUACUUUGAAACAAACAUUUGACGCAUCGGGCAAACCGUGGCGUAAAAAAUGGGUGAAAUAUCUUGGAAAAACAAAAAUUCUCAGGAGGGUACACUAACCUUUAAAAACACAUUAUUAAGUUAUCAAUUAUUAAUACAUAUUUUUGUAAGUGGUCAAUCUGUGAACGAAUACAAAUGUGAUAACGGCGUAUUAGCUAGUUUGUAAAAAUAACGAUAACUUAUUAGUUAAGGUGGCUCGACCCAGUAUUUUUGUAGGUACACCUUCCAUCUUCGAAUCUCUAAAACUUAAACAAAUUUAUCUUUAUUGUAAAACCAUUAUAACACAAGUAUUACACAUAGACUAAACUUUAUCAUGACAUUAUUUUUGGGGAGAGCGGAAUAAAUAUCACGUGACAAUGACGUCACAAUAGUUUAAGCUGUAAAUCGAAUUGCAGCUGGCCCUUAUCGGCAUUUUGUUUAGAAAUGCUUGACACCACCUAUACUUUGGGUGCUAGUCUUCUGUUAUGCGAAGUUUCACAAAAAUCUAUAAGAGGAAUUUCGGGAUAUCUUGGAAUUUCUACAAAAAGGGUAUAAAAUAUGCAUGAAAUGAAGACAAAUUUGCUACUUUUUGGAUGUUUCCAAAACGUUUUUACCACUCAUUCGUUUUGUAAAUGACCCUCAUAUACCCUACAACCGGCUAAACGCAGGUAGACUCGCGCGAUUUCGAAAAACACGAAAACAUGUAAAUGAGGGAAAACGCAGUUCUGAGCUCUUUUUGUAAUUUCAAAAGCUACUUUCGCGAAAACAGCGAUUAAACCAAAAUUCUUCGAUAGAUUUUCUUUAAAAAAUUUCAGUGCUACAAUCGAUCAGUGUUCUAUAACUAACCUCCGUGUAAUACAUGUGUUAUAAUGGUUUUGCAAUAAAGAUAAAUUAGUUUAAGUCUAAGCGAUUGAAAGAUGGAAGGUGUACCUACAAAAAUCCUGGGUCGAGCCACCUGAUAUGUUUGUUUCGGAAGAUUUUUUCGCACUUCAAUCUAAUCUAUGGAAAAUUACAAAAGAUUUGCGUGCGCACCUUCUUAAACUUACUGCAGUAUGUUAUCUUUAUCAACGACGUUUUUUUCUGUUAACUUUUAGUGAACUACCUCCUCAUAGGGGGCUUAGAACUCUACGACCAUUUUUACGGUGACAAAUUGACGAUAGAGUGCCCCACACGGUCGGGAAAUCACAUGCGCCUGCGUGAUGUUGCUCUUGAACUGAGCAGGCGCGUGGUGUCUUUGUUUCUGCCCGAUGAGAAUGGACGAAGGCCGUGCCACGGAGAUGAUGAGAGAUACGCCACUGAUCCACACUGGAGCGAUCUGGUAUUGUUUUACGAGUAUUUCCAUCCAGAAACGGGACGAGGGUGUGGUGCUAGGUAA